AAUUAAAAAAUUAAAUUAAAAGUCACCUUAAAGUUUAGAAGUUCAUAACCAUUCAUAACUUAAAGAAAUUUUUGAAUAAACUAACAAAACUAUAUUAAAAAUGGCAGCAUUCGGCAAAAAACUAUUCGAACAAUUAAAAAGCAAAGAGUUUCGACAAUAUUUAAUGAGCACACAUUUCUGGGGUCCAGUUGCAAAUUGGGGUAUUCCAAUAGCCGCUUUAGCAGACAUUAAAAAGGAUCCUAAAAUGAUUAGUGGUAAAAUGACUACAGCUUUAUGUAUUUACUCAGCUAUAUUUAUGCGUUUCGCAUGGAAAGUUCAACCACAAAACAUGCUAUUAUUUGCCUGCCACUUUACUAAUGAAGGUGCUCAAUUAACUCAACUGUCCAGAUUUAUAAAUUACUAUUACUUAACAGGAGAGAAACCACAAGAACAACAAAUUUAACGAAAAUUUUUUAGUAAAUUUUAGUUCAAUUAUAUCAAUAAUUAUGUGCCCAUCCCAUUUUAUUGU